CGCUGUCCGUGGCCAGGAGGCGCGCUCCCGCCCGCGCGCCCCCGCCACCACCCUUCUCCGUUGGAUACGGCGAUGAACGGGUGUCGGCGUGAGUGUCGCCGCGCCGUGAAUGGGCAAUUGUGGGGACCGUGGAAUUCUGCUUCUCCUUCUUCUCCUCACUGCUUGGUUUCUUCUGGCAUGUAAUAUCUGCAACGCAAGCCCGGUGCUGGUGACUGACCGAGGUAAUGGUGAUGGCAGAGCUGGCAGGCAGGACGGAUCAGAGCAGACUGUCUGCCACACAUUGAACCAACCGGAUGCCACUAUAGUCUCGAGCUACGACCUAGUCAGAAUGGAUUUCCUCAAUUCCACUGAUGAAGGGGUGUUUUCCACGAGCAGCAGUGGUUAUGACUCGCUGGAGACCACUAACCCCCCUCCAAGUAAGACCCUGCUUACGCUGACCCUGUCUGUACUGGCUAUCCUGACCACAUUCUUCAACUGCCUGGUGAUCACAGCCAUCGCGGUGACACGCAAGCUGCACCACCCGGCCAACUACCUCAUCUGCUCGUUAGCAGUGACCGACCUGCUGGUGGCGGUGCUGGUCAUGCCCUUCAGUAUUGUCUACAUCCAAAAAGAGCGGUGGUUCAUGGGCCAGGUGGUGUGUACCAUCUGGUUAAGUGUGGAUAUCACCUGUUGCACAUGCUCCAUCCUGCACCUCGCUGCAAUCGCCAUUGACCGCUACAGGGCCAUUACUGACGCGGUGGAGUACUCUCGCAAACGCACAGGGGCCCGGGCUGGCGCGAUGGUAGCGUUGGUGUGGCUUUUGUCGAUCCUGAUCUCACUUCCUCCUCUAGUGUGGCGGCACUACAGCGGGGACGCAGACCACGAAGACCAGUGCAUCAUCGCCCACCAUCACAUGGCCUUCACCUUAUACUCCACCCUUGGAGCAUUUUACAUCCCCCUGCUGCUCAUCCUCAUCCUCUACUACAAAAUCUACCGGGCUGCUCAGACCCUCUACAUGCGCAGGGAGGCCAGCCGAGCAAGCCGUCACUCAUGCAUGACCAAUGGGAGCAUGAUCCCCUCAUCCUACCCCGCCGGAGAUAGUGAUGUUGAUGGGGGGCCUCGAAGUCCAGAGCCCAUAAGCCCGCCAGAAAAGUCCAUCUCUGAACCCUCAACCGAGGAACCGCCGCGCGAACGGGUGCGCGCCUCGGUGAAAGCUUUCCAGAGCAGGUCGCGCCGGCACGAGUCACGCAGCGAGUCACGUCGGAGCCAGUUUUAUCAAGGACCGCGGAUCUCCGGCUCACGGGAGCGCAAAGCGGCAUCCACCUUGGGGUUGAUAAUAGGCGCCUUUGUCAUCUGUUGGUUGCCAUUUUUUGUCAAGGAGGUGAUCGUCAACACCUGCAGUUCUUGCAGUACUUCCAUGGAGAUGGCGGACUUUCUGACAUGGUUGGGCUAUCUCAACUCGCUGAUCAACCCCCUCAUCUACACCAUUUUUAAUGAAGACUUCAAAAAAGCUUUCCAAAGACUUGUUAGGUGCAGUCAUUUCCUCUGAUGGUUACAUUGUACACGAUGAUGCCCAUACACCUUCCUAUUAACACACAUAUUAGGGAGCGUCCAAACUAAUAGCUGGUGGUCAGAGAAUACUGAGUACUGGCCUCAAUGUGCCUAAGAAAAAAAUAAGAUAUAUAUAUAUAUUUCCAGACACUCCAGCAGGCAUUUUAACAGCCUCAGUGGCACAAGCUCAGCAAUGAGCUUCGGAGCAAAUAUCCACAUUGAAUUCCAAGUCCUGCUAUUGAUAGAACAGCCCGAGAUCCCCUUGAUGUUAAUUGGUGUGCAUGUGAGAAGGGACACUGACACGUUGGUUUUUAGAAAAUGGCCCAUCGCUGACCUUUUUGAGGUCUGGGUAAUCAUCCCCAUUUAAAGGUCUUUUAAUAGCUGACCAUUAUGUCUGUUCCAUCUAAUGUCCUCCCUUCUAUCUAGUCUACAUCUGCUGGCUGAAAUACAUGUGUGAAAUACCAAGGUGUGACUUUCUAUGGCCAUGGUGUUGAGGGUAUGACUUUUAUAUUAUCACAGUGAUCAUUAACAGAGAUCGUUGAAUGUGGUAUUGUGUUCAGCCUCGCAAAACAUUCCAACAAAAACUGUAUAGAACAUACAUUUGUUCAUUUUUUUUAAUGCUCUUUAUUAAAUAAUGGUAACGAUAGUGACAUAAUUCAUGUGACAAUCCGAAAUUGGGAAAAUGAUUGUUUGCUUUUACUAAACUUCACAACAACUGAGCGCAUUACAUGCCUGUUCAAAGAUUGACAUACAAAUGCCUUAAAUGUGAAGGGAAUAUUUUUUUGGAGAAGUAAUAAAGUAUGGAAUUACUGGGAUGAUUGAUAUUUUUGUACAAGGCUUUAUGUUAUUGAUUUAUUUGUCUUGGAGUCAUAAGGCACCCAAUCCCAUCUGACCCCCAAACCGUAGCCAGCAUUUGGUUAAUGAUUGUGAGAAUCACUGGUGGAGAAAUCCUCAUUUCAUUACUCCCACUCAAGUACUUGGAAUAGAACUACUAUUUCUUUACUGCCUCCAAGAGGGCACAUGGUAUUUUGAUGGAAAAUAUUGUGGAUGAGUCAAGUGAGAGGGUGUACUGUAUUGCCUGGGAGAUGACACACAACGUGUCAUAUUUUUACAUACAUGUCUGAAUGUAUGGCCAGCAUUUCUAUGCCGUUUUUGUCUUUGUCUCUCGGUCUUAACCAUCAAUAAUAAACAGUCCACGGCUGA